UAAACCCGCAACAGUAAAAUCAGUCUGUUUAUGCAGUAAAGCAUACUUGCUAUACUCACUGUGGAACCUAAGUGCUGCAUUCUUGCAGCCAUUGAGAACUACUGAGUGAGCUGUGAUUGGUCACAGCUUGUCACAUGGUACAAGGCUGUUGUGAUCAUUCACAGAUUUCACACAUAGUAAGCAAUGAUGUCACAAAUGACAUCUUGCUUACUACUCUGCAUGUGUUCACUGAUUGGCCAAUCACAUGAUCGGGACCUCGUACAGAUGAUCGGUGUUCCAC